AGCUCAUCGGUCCUCUAUAAAUCACUCUAUCUCGACAAAACACAGCCCUUCGGUACGCAAAAACCCUAGAGCAACUUGAAGCCAAGACGCGGCAACGAUGGGGGCUUACAAGUAUGUAUCAGAGCUAUGGAGGAAGAAGCAGUCCGAUGUAAUGAGGUUUCUGCAGAGGGUCAGGUGCUGGGAAUACCGCCAGCUACCCUCGAUCGUCCGAGUGACGCGACCUACGCGGCCUGACAAGGCUCGCCGGUUGGGCUACAAGGCUAAACAGGGAUAUGUGAUCUACCGUGUCCGUGUUAGACGUGGUGGUCGUAAGAGGCCAGUUCCCAAGGGUAUUAUGUAUGGUAAGCCAACAAACCAAGGUAUCACACAGCUGAAGUUUCAACGCAACAAGAGAUCAGUUGCAGAGGAACGUGCUGGGCGUAAAUUGGGUGGCCUGAAGGUUCUCAAUUCCUACUGGAUCAAUGAGGAUUCAACAUACAAAUACUAUGAGAUCAUCUUGGUUGACGCUGCCCAUAAUGCGAUCCGCAAUGACCCUAGGAUCAACUGGAUCUGCAAGCCUGUUCAUAAGCACAGGGAGCUCCGGGGACUGACUUCUGCUGGUAAAAAGUACAGGGGUCUCCAUGGAAAGGGACACUUGCACCACAAGGCAAGGCCAUCCCGAAGGGCAAACUGGAAGAGAAACAACACCCUCUCUCUCCGUCGCUAUCGUUAAUGGAAGUGACAUUUCUUGCAGUUCUUGUUGUUUUAGGAUUGGGAUUUCAUUUGUAGGACUCGUUAGCCUGUUUGGGAUAAAGAGUGAGUUGGUUAUAACGAUGAACAAAUUCAUAUUUUGGCAGAUUUUAUACGCUAUAUUUGUUUAAGUUGUUUUAUCAUGUGGAGGAUCGUUUUUAUAAUUUUAUUACAAUGUUGCUAGAACGCUAGGCCUGUUCUUCAUUGGGCAUUUUCUCUGCUUCCCCCAUUUUAGGUGCCUACGUCUACUUGUCUUUCAGGUUCCUUGUUCAAUUAAAGGUCUAUCCUGAAUCUACUUACUGUUUUUUGAGUUUUAA